UCAUGAUCAAAAGUAUAACAACAUCAUUUAACCUUCUGUCCUCGUGUUGAAUGACUCAUUAUCGCGCAAACAAUUAAUGAUUUGCAAUUCAAUCAUGGAAUUUCUGAGUGAAAUGAAAGUUCAAUCAAAAUGCGGCAACACAUAUCCAAACAGCUAUCGAACUAACAAUAUCUUUCCUUGAUUGAGAAAACCAAAUGAUGAUAGGGCCGCACAUUUGGAAUCAAAAGACUUCAAAUCAAUUGUAACGAAAACAAAAAGCGUUUGACAUUUGACAAUCAGCGUGAUUUGAAUCAACUAAUGAAAUCGAUUUCACAAGUUUCACAUGAGGAAAUAUAUUAUCUCACUCUAAACAGCAAUGUUACAUUAUUCUCGGUGCAAAGUCAAUUAUCGGAAAAUUUGAUUCAUUGUUUAACGGUCAACUUGGUGAAGAAAAAUACCUUCAUUAUUCCUUCUUAACUAACCUAUUAGAUUAACCAACCGUUAAUCAUGUCAAGGGAGUUUCAGUUUUUUUUAAAUGUUACUUUUGCCAAUGAAACAUAAACAAUCCAUUAUCAGGUAAACCCAAAGCGAUGCUGCAAAUUUACACAAUGUGACACAAAAGCAACAAUGCGACAUUCAAAAGAAACUCUGUAUUCAACAUUGAUAAAAUAGAGUCCAAUUUAAUUGUUGAUUCUUUCAAUUUUCAACAUGUUUACUUGUUGAUUUACUGAUUGGCCAGAAUCAAUUAAAUCAAUGUUGCUCAGAGCAAAAGUUUAUGCUAUAGCUCGAUACUUUCCUUGACAUGGUUACCGGUUUUGUUGGUCUAGACCAUUAAACCUAUUCAACUCUUUUCCAAACAAAAAAGUCUCUUUUGCUUUCAACAAUUUAAAAGUAAAUCAAUUUCAUUUCCUUUUCUUUCUGUUCAGGGAGUAUUUCUAUUAACUUAAUUCAUUAUAAUCAACUACACUGGCUCUCCUGUUCAACUCCUUUAACCACUCUUACUUUCCCUUUUUAAUAUAUUCCCAAAGUAUUUUUGCCUCUAUGCUCAUUUCAUUUCAGACUUCAUUGAUAACUUGUUUGCAUUUAGAAAAGUUUACCUCAAACAAUUUUCGAGUCAUUAAAAUUGUUGUUUUUACAUUGUUUUAUUUUUGUAUAUAUUUACUUGUGACUCUGUGCUUAUCAUUACAGAUUUAAUUUGACUUGGAGACUUUCAAAAUAACCAUAAAGUUCAAUAUGAAAAAUUUACAGUCAAUAACGAUUUUGUGUUUGAUAUUUGGUUUUAUUGUUUCCACUGUGUAUUCCCAACCUCUUGGCUCAUCUGACAGUAAUCCUGAUACUCAAGAUACUAAAGAAGCUUCUACUAGUGUUAACGAUAAAUCAAGUGAUCAAGAGGGUUCAUCGGAAAGUGAUGAAGACGCUCCUACUCCAGUCGCAGGUCCACAUCGUCCACCCACCAUCAACUGGGGAAAAUGCCCACAGCUAGAGCCUAAAGAAGCUGAGAAGAAACAAAAGGCUGAUAUUAUAAGGACUUGUCUUAAAUCGAUAACUCUUCCAGAAAAUAUUACCCAAGAAAGUGUUGAAAAACACCGAACUGAAGUAGCUAAAUGUGCUCUUAACGCUGAAAAUUGGUUCGCUGAGGAUGGAAGUUAUCGUUAUGAUAAAGCUGAAAGUGAAAUCAAAAAUAAGAAACUUCAACCGGAAAUUGAGCCACAAAUCGUUAACCAACAUUCAGAGUGUCGAAAGGAGGCUGAAGAACAAUUUCCUUCUGGAAUUGCCCAGAUCCAAUUAUAUCAGGCUUGCAUGGAUUACCAUAUCUCAAUGAUUUGUGGAAUACAAAUUGUUGGCACAGGAUAUUCACAGUAAACUCACAGUUAACCAUUCUGAUGGUAAUCGAGAACAAGACUAAUUGUAAAUGAAUUCAAUAAGAUCAUAUCAAUACUUUGCUACAAUUAUUUUUAUACAUAUUUGUCUGUACUUCUUUCUCCAUCAUAAUUGCCAAGGAAAUCUCAAACAAAUUUAUUAUAUCACUAAACUAUUGAUCAAUUUAUUUUAGCAUAAUACUAAAAUUAACAAUCAUGUGCAUUUCAAUUUUACCUCGACUUCUGUAAAAAAUAUAAUCUAAUUUACCAAUAAAACAUUUUCCUGU